UUACUUCUUAUGACUUCCAUUGCUGUUCCUGAAGCCUGCCUGGUUUUCUUGUCCCAAGAUGAGUCGGAGCUGGAUUGUUGUUUUACCCAGAGUCAGAUGGUGAAGUUCUGAAUUGUACCACUUCAGACUGCAGGAUGCAUGGUUCAUCCCAUGAAGCUGACUGGUGGAAGCUUCAGAACACCUCAAAGGAAGGACUUCUUCAAGUAGUGCAUCAACAAUUGAUUUCACUUCUACAAGAUGCAGGGAUGUCCACUAAUUUGGGUGGCUUUAAAAGGGAAUUGUACCAAUUCAUGGAAGAGAAGGCUAGCAGGUAAUGUGAAAAUUGCAUAGUAUGGAACAGAUGCAAAAUGGACAUGGACCUGACCCAUCUUCUCCAUUAGAUUAUGGCAGAAGAAGUUUCAAUAUAUAUAAAGCUUCUACAAAUCAUUGAAAAAGGACACCUUCUGGAUUAUGGAUUUGUGUCUCAUUAAUUUUCUCUGAAGAACUUGCUACACUGAAAGCUAUGCAUCAUCUCUUUGGACUUGUUUUGGGACAAAAGGAUCUUUCACGUGCAGGAGACCUGUUUUCUUUAGAUGACUCUGAAAUAGAAGGAUGUCUGUCAGAAGCUCUUGAGCAAAUCAAAAUAAUUAGCUCAUCUCCAGACUACCAAACCAAUGACAACGAUCAGGCAGUUGUGGAGAUCUGUAUCACUCGCAUCACCACAGCCAUCAGGGAGACAGAAUCCAUAGAGAAACAUGGGAAAGCACUUGUUGCUCUUUGGGAAUCUUGCCUAGAGCACAAUCUGAAACCUUCCGGAAAAGAUGAAGACACGCCACAUGCAAAGAUAGCAUCUGAUAUUAUGAGCUGCAUUUUACAGAAUUAUAAUCGACCGCCCAUCAUGGCAUUGGCUGUCCCAGUGGCAGUGAAAUUUCUCCAGAGGGGGAAUAAAGAACUGUGCAGAAACAUGUCCAGUUAUCUCUCCCUUGCAGCAAUUAGUAAAGCUGAUCUGCUGGCUGAACACACAGAAACAAUUGUAAAAAGUGUUUUGCAAGGCAAUUCCAUGCUGCUGCGUGUGCUUCCCUCUCUGUAUGAAAAGCAAAUGCAGCCAAUUAACAACCGCUUGAGAGAACUAGUAGCACCAAUGUCUCACCUGGAACAAGCAGAACAGCAUCACCUCUUAAGGCUUCUGCUAACAGUUGCAAAGAAAAAACAGCCAAAGGUACUCAAAGAAUGUAUUCCCUCUCUGAUUGGUCACCUAAGAGAUCCCCAUCAUAAUGAUAUCAUCCUUGAAAUACUGAUAGAAAUAGCAGACUAUGAACCAGAAGUAUUAGCCAACUUACUUCCUCUACUGAAGGAGAUUGGAGAGAGUUUCCCAAAUCUGAUUGGACAAACAGCAAAGAUCUAUGGAGCCGUUGGUCAUGUUGAUGAGGAAAGAGCCCGAAUCUGCCUGAUCUAUUUGGUUAAUCAGCUGGCCAACAUGGAACAUUCCUUCCAUCACAUCCUUUUGUUGGAGAUCAAGCACAUCACAGACACCUUCCCCAAUAUCCUAGGUAUCCAGAGCAGAGGCAUUUAUCGUAUGAGUAACAGUUUCACUGCCAUAGCUAAACUUCUCAUCCAACAGCUGGAAAACGACCCUACCUCUGAGAGCAGGGUAGAAGAUGUUGCUGAAAUAGAAUCGCCUUCACAGCUGGAUGAUUUAAAAUCCAUUAUGAAUGGGAAUGAAGAAGAUGAAAAGCUUCAAGUUAAAAUACAGGCCUUUGGAGAGAAAAUAAAUAUCGACAGUGGUACUCCUGGCUCUGUACGCAGGUAUAGUCUCGGCCAGGUUUCUAAAGAAGAAAGGAAGGACAUGAGGUUUAGCAGGUCCAAAAGUCUAGCUCUGCAUGCUGUUCGUAUGAAGGACAUUCAUUUGGACAAUGGACAAGAGAUGGACAAUGGAGAUGUUACAGCCGGUAUCUCUUUCACAGAUAUCUAUCUGAGCCAAGAAGCUGACAAAUUGCCUUCCAGCACAGGCACUGAAGAGUCACAGCUGGAACAAUCUUCACUUUCACACCCAAGUAUCAAAUGUACAGAACCAGAGAAUCUGCCAGAACCUUUUAUAGAAAGCUGCCAUGAAGGGAGCCUGAAGACAAUAAAGAAUCCUGUGGAGUAUCAAGAUAAGCUAUACUUUCACUUAAAGGAAAAUCUCUCCAAAGUGAAAGCAUAUGUCAUGGAGAUGGGGAAGAAAAUUCCUCUCCCAGAUGAAUGUGUUAUAGAAGAUACUGUUAGAAGUUGUGUAGCAAAGGUGUUCUUCAGCUGCCCCCUGAAAGGUCAUUACUGCCUGUACAGUAAAUCCAGUUUUACCCUCAUCAGCCAACAACCUCAGCUUUGGAUCCAUAUCAUGUUUCUCUUUCAGCAGAGCUUGUUCCCAGAUCCACUGUCCAUGCAGAAUAAUUCUGUGCAAGCCCUGAAAACCUUAUGGGAAAAAACUCAGCUGAAGGGAACGCACAGCUUUGAAACUGCAAUGGUUCAAUCUACCUUUCCACACCAGAAGGAUCUGGACCAUAUACAAAUCCAUCUGGAAGAAGUGAGAUUCUUUGAUUUAUUUGGUUACAGUGAGGAAACAGGGGCUUGGCAGUGUUUCAUGUGUAACAAUCCUGAAAAAGCAACAGUUGUGAAUCAAGAUGGCCAGCCCUUGAUCGAAGGCAAGCUGAAGGAGAAGCAAGUCCGAUGGAAGUUCAUCAAAAGGUGGAAAACCCGCUAUUUCACACUUGCUGGCAAUCAGCUUCUCUUUCGCAAGGGAAAAUCAAAAGAUGACCCCGACGACUGCCCCAUUGAGCUCAGUAAGGUCCAGAGUGUGAAAGUGGUGGCUAAGAAGCGCAGAGAUCGCAGCCUCCCUCGGGCGUUUGAAAUCUUCACAGAUAGUAAGACAUACGUUUUCAAGGCUAAGGAUGAGAAGAACGCCGAGGAAUGGCUCCAGUGCAUUAAUGUCGCAGUGGCACAAGCUAAAGAAAGAGAAAGCAGAGAAGUGACCACAUAUUUGUAAAAAGUUGUGUGCCACUUCCUCUGUCACACACGAAUAUGCGUAACAUCUCAUCACCUGAAUUGCACAAGGAAAACAAAGAACUAUCAGACAUCAUUGAUAGCACUGCUCAGGUGGUGAAGUGUUGCAAUGCUGCUCCUUUCCAGGGUGUAUGGGAAACUGGUGCAUCCAAGAUCAUGUGCACAAGAGUCCCCUUUGUGUAAUGGACGCACUGCCCUCUUUUCUGCUGCAGAAUGAUUGCUCAUGGGACCAUUUCCUGGGUAAUGUCCACAGCAUCCGUUCCCAGAAUACCUUCGUCCUUUACAAAAACAACAUCCUGCCAAGAAAGCACAACUGAAGAAAACACUGUGUUAUCUUUACAUGAUUCACCGGCUGUGCCCUUCCUUAAGGAGAGUUUAAAAAAAGAGUGAUGAGGUCAUACUCCUGAAUGAUACCUGCAGCUGAAUAUGGCUUGCCUUUGUCCUGCUGUAAAUAUAGCUAUUAGCAUGUCUAAUAGAAAUGUGCAAAGUGGCACAGUCACUGAAACCCAACUUUGCGUAGGCUGUAGCAGGCCAUUAGUUCAUUGAUGGCUCUGCUGAUAAGACAACCCUGUAUGGCAUCCCAGUCGCGGUCGCUGUAAGUCAUAAACAGAUGCUGACCCAUGUGCAGCAUCACUGCCCUUUGAGUUCCAGCUCUUCUUUGAAGAGCAUCCAGGUUAUCUCCAUGGCUCUUCUUAUCUUUCCAGCAGUAGUGUAGGCGACUACACAGCCCUUCAGUUCACCAUGCAUUUUAGGUGUAUGGAGGAUUCAAGCAGAGCAUGGCUUUGUUCACAUGCCCGAGAUAUCACAGAAUCGCAGUAGAGCUGGAAGGGGCCAGAGGGCCAUUGGGUCCAACCCCCUGCCCAGUG